AUGCAGGCGUUCAUGGAGACGUCCACGUACUCUACUCGGGAAGAGAAAGACAAAAGUGGUCAUAGCAUCAGAGUCUCCAUAGUUGCGAUUGCUGCACUGCCUUCAACGCUCGACUCCCACGGCUUGCACCCACUCGAUCCAUCUCGGGACAAGACGCGAGACUGGAAUCAACCAAUUCGUCACUCGCUCAAUCUCUCAAUUGAUCGAUCACUCAAUCGACCGACUUCGAUGAACACGUCCACAGUCGAAACGAACGAGACGAGGAAAAAGCACGUGCGAUGGGGCGUCGUGCGCGUCCUGGAGUUCCACGUCGGGUACAAUGCCAGCGUCGUGCCAGAGAGUGGCGGGCCGCCUGUGGGUCUCAUUGGCCGUCCCAUCCGCCACCGGUGCUCGCUCGUCUUACCGUCUACCAACGACGUCGAGGCGGUGGACAGCGACUGCGAGAGCGUCGACUCGGAGUCCGACAUGGAGACGCCGCUGGCGUGGGGCUGCAGUCGUCGCAGUCGCAGCGACCUGUGGCUCGACCCGAUGGAGCGCGUCCGCAUCCUCGUGGUCGAGAGAGCGUUUCCAAUGGACGAUGUGGCGCUCAUUUGUCAGGACGUGCGCGCCACGCUGGACGCGCGUGCGUCGUCACGACUGGACGAAGCGAAGGCCGUGCAAGCUUCGCUGCGUGCGUUGCAGCAGGACACACGUUUGCUCUCGUGUGGAGGUCGUCGCUUUGGAUCUGCAAGGGAGAAGGUGCUGCUGUAUUAG